AUGGCAACAACGCUAAGCCCGUCUAUCUUCUUUGUUCAGGUCACGCUGUGUGUUCUGACUCACCACGUGCCGACCCCACCCAAGAAUGAAGUCAGCAUCUUGAACCCGCCGGCAGUGAGCAUCAACUGCGCACACCCCGGAGCGCACCAUGAAACGUCACCAACACAUCACGGUUUGAAGACGGCGCCGCCAGUGGAGGCAUAUAAAGAGGAUCGCGCCAUGGAAUUCCUCGGAGGGCACGGCGGGACCGCAAUGGCAACAACGCUAAGCCCGUCUAUCUUCUUUGUUCAGGUUUGUGACAAACAUGCUUCUUGCUUUCGAAGCAAUUAUAGAUGUAUUGUUGUCCUGCCGUGCCCGGCCACAAUUGAGUGUCUUAUUGUGGAUGCAUGGAGUGUCAUUUUGAUCCUUCUAUCUGGAGAUGUCGAGCAAAACCCUGGGCCUCAAGGGAUAGAGGAACUGAAGGUGAUGAUGAACGCCAUGCUUACUUCGCAGAACGACCUUAAAACGCGAAUUGUUAACCUGGCGGCUUCCCAGGAAAAGCUAGAAUCAACAGUGAACGCUAGGAUGAACGAAGUUAUGACAGCUUUACAGGAGCACAAGGGAGAGAUUCGUGUACUGCAGGGGGAAGUCACAUCCUUUAGAAAUGACCUCCAGCUCCAACAAAAGCGCCUCGACGACUUAGAAAAUAGGAGUAGACGCCGCAACCUUGUCAUUUUCGGGUUUCCUGAGCCCGACCGUGAAAACACCGAAGCAUUAAGAAGCCAAAUAAUCCAGGACUUAAUAGGACAGAAGCUUGGAGUAACUGUUAGCUCGGUGGAAAGAGUCCACAGGAUAGGAAAAAAACAACCAGACAAACCGCGGCCUGUGAUAAUAAACUUCUUUGACUAUAACGAAAAACUGAAAGUACUAAAAAAUUGUAAUAAAUUAAAAGGAACUACAAUCUCAAUCAACCACGACUUUUGUAAGGGUACACUUGCCAAAAGAAGCAAACUUUGGUCCAAAUCUGGGGACUUCAAAGCCAGAGGACGUAAGGUAGUGCUGGACUAUGAUAAACUACGGGUUGAUGACGACCUAUAUGAAUGGGACGAGCAGAAUGACUGCCUGAAGUGCAUCCGCUCUCAGGAGCGACGGAAUGACGUCGACUGACUUGAAUCGAAACAGU